AGUGGCCCUAUAAACAACAACAACAACAACAAGUUUAUCCACCAGGACUGUCCUUUGCACAUGCUUUCUUAGGACCCAUGGUUGGAAAAAAGAAAUUUGGCAAAAUAACUUCACGAAAUGUAAGGAAAACACAAGAAUACCUUCCACCGAGAUGUAAGCUCCAUAAGCACACGUGCACUGGUCGUCUUGAUACCAGAGGCUGGCACUUGUAGUGUCAAUACUGCAGGUCAUCUUGGUACUAGAAGGUGGCACUUGUAAUGUCAAUACUGCAGGUCAUCCUGGUACAAGAAGGUGGCACUUGUAGUGUCAGUACUGCAGGUCAUCCUGGUACAAGAAGGUGGCACUUGUAGUGUCAAUACUGCAGGUCAUCCUGGUACAAGGUGGCACUUGUAGUGUCACUGCAGGUCAUCCUGGUACAAGAAGGUGGCACUUGUAGUGUCAACACUGCAGGUCAUCCUGGCACAAGUAGGUGGCACUUGUAGUGCAAAUACUGCAGGUCAUCUGGGUACAAAAAGGUGGUACUUGUUGUGUCAAUACUGCAGGUCAUCCAGGUACAAGAAGGUGGUACCUGUAGUGCCAAUACUGCAGGUCAUCCUGGUUCAAGAAGGUGGCACUUGUAGUGGCAAUAUUGCAUGUCAUCUGGGUACAAGAAGGUGGCACUUGUAGUGUGAAUACUGCAGGUCAUCCUGGUGCAAAGGUGGUACUUGUAGUGUCAAUAUUGCAGGUCAUCCUGGUACAAGAAGGUGGCACUUGUAAUACCAGCAUCAGUAUCAGAAAAUUCCUUUAAGUUCUGUAAAUACUAUAAUGUAUAUAUUGUGACAACACAAACCACAGUGUUAAUAGAGUGACAACAUUAACCACAGUGUUAAUACAGUGACAACACUAAUUACAGUGUUAAUAGUGACAGUAACUAGUAUUAAUAGAGUACCGAUAACAGUGUCAAAAGGUUAAUGUGUCAUAAAUAUCUGCUAGAGUCAUCCUUCCUAUUCCUCAGACAAUAUUACCCAUACAUGUAUAGUGCUUGCUAUAUGUAAAAUAAUAGAAUAAUACAGGAAUAUUAGUUUUUUCUAUAAUAAAAUAUUCUCAAAUAUCCCCUGGUUAAACAGUUUAAAUAUGUGAGAACUUAUUGUUCACUAUGUCUAAAAUACCUGAAAAGUGUGUUGAGGCAACACAAUGUACAGUUGUUCAUGUAGAAGAUCACUUAUAUCAAGAGUCACACUCAUCACUCAGACAAUCUUCACAACAACCUCAGUGUGGACAUCAGACCAGGUUUAUCAUAGGCAGAAAAACACUUCAGUGUUCAGUGUGUCUAAAAGACUUUUUUAGUAAACAUGGUUUAGAAAGACAUAUGAGAACUCAUACUGGAGAGAAGCCAUAUCAGUGUCCAGAAUGUCUGAAAGACUUUGUUAAUAAACAUGGUCUAGAAAGACACAUGAGAACUCAUACUGGAGAGAAGCCAUUUCAGUGUUCAGAAUGUCAGAAAGACUUUUCUCAAAAGCCAUAUUUAGUAAGACACAUGAGAACUCAUACUGGCGAGAAGCAAUAUCAGUGUUCAGAAUGUCUGAAAGACUUUUUUAAUAAACAUGGUUUAGAAAAACACAUGCGAACUCAUACUGGAAGGAAACCAUAUCAAUGUUCAGAAUGUCUGAAAGACUUUUCUGAGAAAAAAGAUUUAGAAAGACACACAAGAACUCAUACUGGAGAAAAGCCAUAUCACUGUUCAGAAUGUUUGAAAGACUUUUCUCAAAACUCGCAUUUAGUAAGACACAUGAAAACUCAUACUGGAGAGAAGCCACAUCAGUGUUCAGAAUGUCUGAAAGACUUUUUUAGUAAACAUGGUUUAGAAAAACACAUGAGAACUCAUACUGGAGAGAAGCCAUAUCAGUGUUCAGAAUGUCUGAAGGACUUUUCUCAAAAAUCACAUUUAGUGAGUCACAUGAGAACUCAUACUGGAGAGAAGCCAUAUCAGUGUUCAGAAUGUCUGAAAGAUUUUUCUCAGAAAUCAAUCUUAGUGAGUCACAUGAGAACUCAUACUGGAGAAAAGCCAUAUCAGUGUUCAGAAUGUCUGAAAGACUUUUCUGAAAAAUCAACCUUAGUAAGACACAUGAGAACUCAUACUGGAGAGAAGCCAUAUCAAUGUUCAGAAUGUCUGAAAGACUUUUCUAAAAGAUUUAAUUUAGAAAGUCACAUGAGAAGUCAUACUAGGAGAGAAAACCUUGUCAGAGGGGGUGUCAUGUGCCAUACGCUAAUAUUUCUUCCACUACCAACACUGAUAUUAACCCUUUCACUGUUGGUCCCAUAAUAUUAUGGCUUGCAAGUCAGUGUCAGUCCUGUAAUACUACACCAAAAUUCUAGUGGCUUCCAAUCUUGUGAGAGAAAGCUGAUAGGCCUACAUAUGAGAGAAUGGGUCUCAGUGGUCAGUAUGUGCAGUAAAAAAAAACUUGCAGCUUGCAGUGCAUAAUGAGAAAAAACUGACUGUGUUGUUCCUGUGUAUUUUCAUAUGGUAUUUAUGGUUGUAUUCUCGUUUUCUUGAUCUCACUUGAUAGAAUGGAAGAUAUACUACAGAAAUUGAUAUGAUUUUGAAUAGUUUGCAGAAUUAAAGUACCUUGAAAUUCACCUCAAAGUGGCAAAAGUGUUUAAUUUUUGCCGAUGUUCAAGAGAAAACAAAUCACGUCAUGUGUCCAAUACACAUCAACUGGUGAGUUUGCAAGGCUUUCACAAAUGUGCUGAUAUUAGUUAUUCUAUUUUUACAAUAAUGCAGUAGUCUGCAUAACAGUAAAUAUUCUAUUUUUUGUGAAAAAAGUUCAAAAUGGAAAGCAAGCAAAAUAUAAGAGGGCCCUGGAGAUGUGACUAAUGAACUGAGAAAAUGUCAUUUUAAUGCUAGAAAUGUUUGCAUUGUUAAUUAUGGACCCUAUUUUGAAAUUGGCCUUUCUUGAAUUUUGUAUGAAAUUGGCAAAAUUACCAAUUUCAAAUCACUUUAUUGGGUAGUUGGAAUCUGUAAAUGGGCAGUUUCUUGUACUCAAUCAAUAGAACAAGAGUAGUUCUAGCAAAAUAGCUAUGAGUUUGAUCAACUGUAACAAAGGAAUUGGCCAAAAAUGGGGCUCAAAGUGGGCAGAAUUGCCGAUGCGUAAAUAUCACUGAGACCGCUGACUUUGCGAGAACGUAAUUCUGUAAGUUUUACAUUAAAUUUCAUAUUUUUAUUUUCAUUGCCAUCAGGAAAAGAUUCUCUAUCAUAAGUUUUUUUUUUUUUAAAUUCUUUGACACUUUGAGCAAAUUUGUGAACUGGGGUCUCGACAAUGAAAGGGUUAAGGUAGGGAAGCUUUUUUUGGGUCUGCUUGAAAGCCAGAAGGUAAUGGGAGCAUAUUACACAGUAAACAACAGAAGCACUAACAAAAAAUAUCUUUUUCGGAGAAAUUUUAGGCCAUGGUAUCAGCAAGGCCAUGUUGAAUAAAAGUAACAAAAAAAGGCACAGUGCCGUGACUGGAACGAUACACAAAUAACCCGCACAUAGGAGAGAGGAGCUUAUGAUGAUGCUUCGGUCCAACUUUAACCAUUUACAAAGUCAGUGUGACUUUGUAAAUGGUCCAAACCAGACUGAAACGUUAUCAUAAGCUCCUCUCUUCUAUGUGCGGGUUAUUUGUGUAUUGGAUAAAAGUAUUUAAUGUUCUCAACAAAAGUAGUGUGCACGUUGUCAAAGUGCAAAAUGCUGGGCAAGCUCAUAACUUCUCUCUUCUUACCAGUAUUGACAAUGCUGCUGUUACAAUUCAUAAACAUUUCAAUUCUUGCAGCUGAACUACAACGUACCAUUAUUUAAAAUGGUUUCCUAAUGUGUGAUGCAGACAUUAUGGAGCUGCUAGAGCUCCAUGACCUUCCAAUUCUUAAAGUUGACACUUAUGUACUACCUGCCCCUGGACAGACUAAUCUUGUAUUAUAGCCAAGUUAACUUAUGACUAAUGUUGUUGAGAAAUGGUUUACCAGCUAAGUUUAUAGUUUAAAUAUAGGGAAAACUUAGCUUAGAAAGACAGCUCAUUGCCUGCACAGCCGCCCCUGCAGACGAGGUCUUGAGAAGCUGUCGAAGAUCACUUCUCAACGGGCUGAAAUGAAUUAUAUUAUGUAAACAAUAAAUUACCCCUAGGGGGUGUUAUGUCAGCAUAUUUCAUUCACUGAUGGCUGACUUAUGUACUUGUGUGGACUCAAAUGUCCGCACCUCACUGCCGACUAUAGGUUGAUUACAAACUCCUUGCGACACAAGGACUGCGCAGUCCCCCGUACUACAAGAAAUAAGUAACCCACCUUGCUCUUGUAGCGUGAGCUAUGGUGUUCUUCACACCUUCGACAGAUAUCGGUGACUUGAUAGAAGCUGAAGUGUCCUUGGAUGUCCACGUCUUCCAUAAUCUAGGAAUACGCACACUGGUACACUAUGCUCCACAAGAUUUGUCUUUAUUGUUCACAAUCUUAUCACUGAAGAAGCUGAUCACACUUCUCUGUAAGUGUUUAUUGUGUUUUGUGAGACACUUUGUUCACACUAACGCACGGAUCAGUGUUCUUUGUUGGUUAUCCUGGCGUCAGUGUGACUCUCAGUAGAGUCAAAAGUAAUCUGACCUCACAAUGCCCCACGCCGUCAUUGCCUCUCGCACAUAAAGGAAAAGCUGACCUAGUACUUUUUCUUCCUUGCCACUUCCUCCAUGAAGCAAAGCAGAAUGUUUGAUUCUUGCUGUCUUAAGCUGGACAACAAUGUACACUAUCUUUACCAUGGUAAUAAUAGUGGGAGCAGGAUUUUCCUUAAUUGUCCUGCUAAGGUAAGAGAUGGACUGUCUUUUAUUAAACUACACUUUGCAACACUGGACUGCAAGGAGUGUCGGCUGCUUGACCACGUCACAUACUUGUACUACAUCUGGGAUCAAUUACUUGCUGUAGCAGUAAACAAGAUGCUUGCCCCUUCUGAGAGGGCUGGGCCCCUCAGGGCUGAAGGGGCUGAUACCCCCCUCCUGGAGAAAAUUUCUCCACAAAUGUGAACUGAGGCCAAGCCCAUGAUGACACUCUUCAGGUCACUUGUUCUAUCUAGGCUGGAAUAUUGCUGCACACUAACAGCACCUUUCAAGGCAGGUGAAAUUGCCGACCUAGAAAAUGUACAGAGAACUUUCACGGCGCGCAUAACGGAGAUAAAACACCUCAAUUACUGGGAGCGCUUGAGGUUUCUAAACCUGUAUUCCCUGGAACGCAGGAGGGAGAGAUACAUGAUUAUAUACACCUGGAAAAUCCUAGAGGGACUAGUACCGAACUUGCACACGAAAAUCACUCACUACGAAAGCAAAAGACUUGGCAGACGAUGCACCAUCCCCCCAAUGAAAAGCAGGGGUGUCACUAGCACGUUAAGAGACCAUACAAUAAGUGUCAGGGGCCCGAGACUGUUCAACUGCCUCCCAGCACACAUAAGGGGGAUUACCAACAGACCCCUGGCAGUCUUCAAGCUGGCACUGGACAAGC